CUCCAACCAUUCAACAAUCACAAAUAUAUCACCAUCCACCAAAUCUCCACCGUUCAAUCAAGAUCAAAUGGCCGAGGAGGAAGGACAGAAGCACCACCACCACCUCUUCCACCACAAGAAGGAAGAAGAAGAAGGGAAGGUGAUGACUGGAGAAGACUAUGAGAAAGAACAGAAGCAUCACAAACACAAGGAACACCUUGGUGAGAUGGGUGCUGCUGCUGCAGGUGCCUUUGCUCUGUAUGAGAAGCAUCAGGCAAAGAAGGACCCAGAGAAUGCACACAGGCAUAAGAUAGAAGAGGAAGUAGCUGCAGCAGUGGGAGUGGCAAGUGGAGGAUAUGCUUUUCAUGAGCACCAUGAGAAGAAGGAAUCUAAGAAAGAGGCUGAAGAAGCUUCAGGCAAGAAGCACCACCAUCUCUUUUAAUGAGCUCUUUGAGCUGGUGUUGAUGAUGAUGAUGAUGCUGGUGGUUUGAUCUUCUUUCAUGCAAUAUUAUGGUAAUAAUAAUAAUGAUGAUGAUGAUGAUGAUGAUAUGAGGGGUUUUUAUAUAUGUUGUUUGGUUUUUAAUUAUGGUUGUGUUGUUGUUUGAGUGUUUUGGAUUUAUAUGUUUGAGGUUUGAUCUUGUGGUUAAUGAUCAAUGUUUACUUGAUCUCUUUGGUGAAGUCUUGAUCAUGGCUUUGUUAA